AUGGUUUGCAACGGACCCAAAUACAAGCCGUGGAAUGGGCGACACCGUGAACAAGCAGCCAACGAGGCCGAACAAUGGGCCCGUCAAGACCGAGCAAACGCGGCGUACGACCGCCUCUAUGAAAGUUACGGCUGUAACAUUCCCGCCGGCUACUACCUCAACAUGACGGGUAGCCAUAUCAAGAUCUUGAAAAAUGGUAUGAGAAGCCAUGUCACAGACGAUGAGCGCAUCGGCCCUCCCGGCACCAUUUGGGUGCCCACGAUUCCGUUAGGCAAGGAUGGAGAGGCGUUCAGCUGGGAACGUCACGCCGAGCAAUAUAAAGACCUAGAUGAGUACUCGUCAGUCAUGCAAGUCCAAGUUGGCUUCAACGAGCUUGGAUACGAGUUGGAUGAAACCGGCCGAACUUGGAGGGCGUUCCAGCUGCAGAAGCUGACGCUUGGGAAGCAAGGCGAUGUCCUGGUAUAUUACGUGGAACCGUCGACCACGCAUGACAGGACACGCGAAUACUAUCGGCAAGCGGCGGACGGCACCUAUACGAUAGUGCCACCAAAUCCCGCCCCUGGCUCUUCCGUUUGA